GUACGUCUUGAGCUCAUGGCAAUGUUGAAUGAUAUUCCUGCAGGUGGAAUAACACGGCGACUGAGAGAUCGAGAGCUGCUGAAGAGAAAGAAGGCCGAAGCCGAGGAGAAAGCUACUCACCAGUGGGUUCAUUGGCAGCAAGGCAGAGGCAAAAGGCAAAAGCAAGAACCAAAGACGACCAGUCGCAGAGGACGAAGGAAAAAAGAAGCAAGCCCUGAACUUGCUCCCGCCAUUGAGGAGCCACUGACAGAGGAAAAACAACAGGUGACCACAGAGGACCCAUCAGAAUCGGCUUCUCAAGACAAGAAUGCCCCUUCCGCAGAUCUCCAACAAGAGCAUAACUCUGCACCAGCUGCCAUGGAAGAGCUCAUUGCCUUACUAGCUCCUCGAGAAGAACACUCUCCUCUGCCACCACCGCAGGAAGUAUCAGUUCCUACAGCACCUACCCAGGAAGAGUACAUCCCACCACCACCUCCAUCACCACCACCACCACCGCCACCAUCCAUAGAUGUUUACGGGCACUGGUCAGUUCCAAGCAAGGAUGACUUUCCACAGUCAGCCUCCCAUGAUGCAUCGUUGCCUUCAACGCCUCACAAAGAUCCUCCACACUCACAGGAGGAGUCAAGUCACAAAGAAACAUCUUUCAUUGAACCUCCUGCCAUGCACAGUGGAACAAUGGAUGAUGCAAUCAUAGUGGAAGAUGUUGGCUCUGAUGAAGAGGAGGAUCAGAUUAUACCAUCUAAACAAAGUGUUCUUCAGAUUUAUCCAGAGGUCAUCGAAGACCAGCCUGCUGCUGCUGCUGCUGCCCAAUGCCCAGAUGAGGCCUUCAACACCAGCCGAAUGCCAGCUAUACCAGCUGAGGAGUAUCUGCCAGGAAGCUACUCUUAAUGGAUUAUUACCCUGGUCUUAUUUCUGGGGUACCACAUAUUGAGCCCCUUUUCUUGAUCACAAAAAUAUGUAAGGGGGUGAACAAAGGUGGAAAGGAUGUGCAAAGCAAAUUUGGAUAUUAUUUUGUUUUUACCUUCCGGUGUGCGUAGAGACCAUGGCAUUCUAGGGCACAGGUGUGGGCAGAGAAAAGCAAGCUUGCAGUGCUUGGUGGGGCAGUGAUAUGAACCCAUCCAUCCAUCCAUCCUUUUCUGUAAAUAAUAUUUCCAUUACUGGGUCAUGGUCAUUGUUGCAGCCUAGAACACUGCAUCCCAAACUCGGUCCUGGGGGGUCCCACUGUGGCUGCAGGUUUUUGUUCCAACCAGCUUCUGUUUUUAAUUGAACU